ACACGCGGACCCGGAAGUCCUACUAAUUCCGCGGGUCUUUUGGGACAACACUGCUACGUACAACACAGUGUGCAGAAAUGGCGGAUGUAAACACCAUGGAAAAGAAACUGGCUGAGUACAAGUGUGACACCAAUGAAGCUAUAUCCUUGAAGCUGGUUCGCUUUCCAGAGGAUGUUGACGACGACAGCACCACAUUCCACCCCGAGUACAGCCACCAAGUCUUUGGAGACGAUGAGGUUGCUUUUGGCUACAAAGGUCUUCAGAUUCAGCUCUUCUACGCCGCGGGGAACCUGAGUACCCUCUUCAAAGUGAAAUAUACCUCAAAAGUCACAGAGACGUUCGACUGUGUGGAGGCUGAUGACGUCGAGGGGAAAAUUCGGGAAAUCAUUCCUGCUGGGUUCACCUGCAACACCGAUGACUUCAUCUCACUGCUGGAGAAGGAGGCCAAUUUCAAGCCCUUCGGCACCCUGCUUCACACGUACACGGUCCACAGCGAGGAGGCAGGAGAACUCACGUACCAGAUUCACAAGGCUGAGGUUACCUGCCCGGGAUUCCGGGAGUACCACGAGCGCUUGCAGACCUUCCUCAUGUGGUUCAUAGAGACUGCCAGUUUCAUUGACGCAGACGACGAUCGUUGGGACUUCUUUCUUGUAUUUGAAAAGUACAAUAAAGAUGGGGAGACUCUCUACGCAACUGUUGGCUACAUGACAGUUUAUAAUUACUACGUAUACCCAGACAAAACCCGACCACGUGUAAGCCAAAUGCUGAUCCUGCCUCCGUUCCAAGGAGAAGGUCACGGAGCUCAGCUUCUGGAGGCAGUACACAGAUUUUAUUGCAGCUUGCCCAAAGUGCAAGACAUCACAGCUGAAGACCCCUCUGAGAACUAUGUGAAGCUGAGAGACUACGUGCUGGUGAAGCUUUGUCAGGGCCUGCCAUCCUUCGCUGUAGACAAGCUGCACCUCGGCUUCUCAGCUGACAUGAUCAAAGAGGCGCAAGACAAGCUGAAAAUUAACAAGAAACAUGCCAGGCGAGUUUAUGAAAUCCUACGCCUCAGAGCGACAGACAUGAGCGAUGAAGACAAAGCGAGAGAGUACCGCUUAGAGGUGAAGAAGAGGCUGUUCGGACCCUACAGGAAGAAUCAGAGGGAGCUGGCGAAGAUGAGGAAGUGCCUACGGCCAGAGGAGCUGGUGUCCCACAUGAGUCAGAUGGACACUCAGACACAGCACGAGGAGCUGGAGAAGAGUUACCAGGAUGUUGUGGAGGACUACAGGAGAAUCAUUGAGAGGCUAGCAUCACAGGCCUGAUCUGACUGUGAGAGGCUCCUGACCUGGAGCGUACCCGCUCCCACAUUACCACAGACUUUUUGCAGCAGCCAAGAAGAAGACCUCUUGAUGCAGCAAAAAAAAGGAAAACAAAUAAAGAAAUCACUGUUUUAA